AUGGAGGUUUCUGACAGAAGAGGGGUCAAAGAGCUACUACGCAUGAAUGUGGAGGAGCUUGAGUUUGUCCUCAAUAAAGUAGCCCCUUUGAUCACGAAGCAGGAUACAAACAUGAGGCUGUCCAUAUCUGCUAAGGAGAGACUGGUGUUAACGCUAAGGUUUUUGGCAACAGGAGAGUCCUUUACAUCGUUGAACUUCCAGUUUAGAGUUGGAAAGUCAACCAUCUCUCAAAUUGUCUCUGAAACAUGUGAAGCCCUGUACCGAGUAUUGGCUAAGGAUUAUCUAAAGACACCAACUACAGAGGAGGAAUGGCUGGACAUUGCAUAA